AUGCAUGAAGAACAGACUCGUAAAAGGGUGGCAAGUUUAUCGGUGAACACUAUAUGCUGGAGUGACAAUGGUGACUAUAUAUUAUCAGGAUCAGAUGACAGAAAGUUAUGUGUCACAAAUGCACAUACCAGUAAACCAGUUGCUGAGAUUCGUUCUGGGCAUAAUGCUAAUAUAUUCAGUGCAAGAUUCAUCCCAAACUCUAGGAAUAAACAGGUUAUUUCUUGUUCUGGUGAUGGGAGAAUUGCUUACAAUGAAGUGGAGAGAGAAGACCUCUAUGGUACUAGAUUGUUUAAUUGUCACUAUGGUACAACAUAUGAAAUUAUGGUUGUGCCAAAUGAUUCCUAUACUUUCCUGUCAUGUGGUGAGGACUGUACUGUCAGGUGGUUUGAUCUGAGAAUGAAAACUAGAUGCAUUAAAGAAGACUGUAAAGAGGUACAUGUGUAUGUAAAAUGUGGGUUGUAUGAUACUAUUGAAGCACCUGCCCCAGAAGACUUAAUGGAACCCUAUGUUGAUCCAAUCAUCGAACAAUCAGCAACAGACUGCCCAGGAACCUCUACUGUGCUAUCCACAAUCAAAUCCUCUACAGACUUUACAGUACAAUCUGUAGUCAACCUUGCUGCAGAUACUGAAACUCAACCCAUUGUUUCUUCUGGAGACAACGCCUCUGCAGAUACUGGAACUCAACCCAUUGUUUCUUCUGGAGACAACACCUCUGCAGAUACUGAAACUCAAUCCAUUGUUUCUUCUGGAGACAACGCCUCUGCAGAUACUGAAACUCAACCCAUUGUCUCUUCUGGAGACAACACCUCUGCAGAUACUGAAACUCAACCCAUUGUUCCCUCUGGAGACAACACCUCUGCAGGUACUGAAACUCAACCAAUUGUUUCUUCUGGAGACAACACCUCUGCUGAUACUGGAAUUCAACCCAUUGUUUCUUCUGGAGACAACACCUCUGCAGAUACUGGUACUCAACCCAUUAUUUCACCUGGAGACAACACCUCUGCAAAUACUGAAACUCAACCCAUUGUUUCUUCUGGAGACAACACCUCUGCAGAUGCUGAAACACAAACUUCUGAAUCAGUGUCUAUCCCUGGCAUUGACCAGUCAGAACAGGCAUUAACACAAGCUGUCAUUAGUCUUCAUUAUACGACUGAAGGCAUGGAGAACAGUACUAUUAAGUUUGAUUUCCCUAAUCAACCCAGACCUGCAAAAAAGAAGACAGAAGAUGUUGUGGGCACAGGUGAUGAGAAUCCAGGACCUUCUGGGGCACAAUCACACACAGACACUGCUGAAAAGGAAAAAGAAGAUGAAUUUGCAUUUUUUAAUCGCCCCAGUAAUGAUGUUGAACUAAGAAUGUUAUCAAUUCAGCCAGUAGGUAGUUCAGUUGAUGUCCAGCUAGCAACCAUUAAAAAGAAACGUAAACGUCUUGAAAAAAGUCAGUCAUCAGACGUAGAGGAGUUACAGAAAGCCAAUAAAAUAUCAGGCAAACGAACAAGUAAAACACAAAGGGGUGCUGACGAUGAUGAGUCAAGUAGUUCUAGUUCAGAGGAAGACAAUAAUAGUAGGAGUAAUAUUAAUGAAAACACUGUAAGUUCAAAAGACUGUGAAAAUAAAAAAAAAGUGUAUCACUCUAAGGAAGCUGACAAAGGAGUACUUUCUAAAGACAGUGAUUCUUCCCCAGACUCAAAACGAAGUCGUGGCUGGGUUCACCAGACAUUCACUGAGGAACUUGUUGGUGUGCAUAAAGACUUGUGUACAGAUAACUCAGAGACAAUCAGCAGUUCUGAAGUCAAUGUGAACAGUAAUACAACAUUUCAAGAUAGCUUGGAUGUUGAGACUCCAAUGGAGGUACAAGCAGAUGUUGUUGAACAGUCAUUAGAUACAAUUGACACAAAGCAAGAAGACAUUGUUGCAUUGCCAAGUACAUCAAUAGAGUCUUCAGCUAAUGGUAAACAAGUUGAGGAAAGCAAAGUAUUUGCUCUUCGAGACAGGAUAGAAGACAAUCAGCCACAGGUGAGACGUACCAGUCAGCAUAUAUUACCAUCAUUAGAACACUCUCGUAGGCUUGGUAUGAGUGGCCCAAGUACAGUUACAACUGUCAACCGACAGCCACAAGUGGAUGAGACUCACAGAGCACCUAUGUUACAAGAAUCUAAUGAUGCUGAUCAAAAUCAAAGGUUAAAGGACAGAGUAGAGCACUCAAGAACUAGGACCUCAAGUGAAGAUUGUGACAGUUACCUGUUAGACAGCGAUGAUAGUGAUGAACUGACAUUUCAAGCAGCAAGUGUCAGAGCUAAGCAAAAACAUAGAAGAUCCAGUAGAGAUAUAUCUUCCUCUUCAUCUGCUGGUGUUACUGUAGAACAUGGAGCAGAAGGAGAAACAUUGGACUCACCAUCUGCAGAUUCAACUGAACAUCGGAUAAGGGAGAUGUUUCGGAUCAGAAAAGAACAGAAAGAAAAAGAAGAGCUGGAAAUGAGAAAGGUUCACCAGCCUAGAGUUAAGAGAAUUUAUAAAGGACAUCGCAAUUCAAGAACCAUGAUUAAAGAAGCUAAUUUUUGGGGCAAUCAUUUUGUGCUGAGUGGGUCAGAUUGUGGUCAUAUAUUUAUAUGGGAUCGGUACACUGCAGAGUUAGUCAUGUUAUUGGAAGGAGAUAAGCAUGUUGUAAAUUGUGUACAACCUCAUCCAUGUGAUCCAA